UGCGUAGUUUACAAGCAGCUCAAAACACUUAGCUAGCUAGCUCACAAAAGCAUCAGAGUUAACGUACACUCAUCUAGCUAGGGAAGAAGAAGCUAACUAAGCCAUGGCUUCUCGUGCAUUUGCUGCAGUGUUUGCAGCAGUAGCACUUGUAGUGUGUUCUUCAGUCUUGCCUCGUGCUCUGGCCUCUGACCCGAGCCAGCUCCAAGAUUUCUGCGUUGCUGACAAACUCAGUGCUGUGUUCGUGAAUGGUUUCGUGUGCAAGAACCCAAAGCAGGUGACGGCGAACGACUUCUUCCUCCCUAAAGCCCUCGGCGUUCCAGGCAACACCGUGAACGCACAGGGCUCCGCGGUAACCCCUGUGACGGUGAACGAGCUGCCGGGCCUCAACACGCUCGGCAUCUCGUUCGCCCGCAUCGACUUUGCCCCCAACGGGCAAAACCCGCCGCACACCCACCCUCGUGCCACCGAGAUCCUCACCGUCCUCCAGGGCACCCUCCUCGUCGGCUUCGUCACAUCCAACCAGCCGGGCGGUGGCAACUUGCAGUUCACCAAGCUGCUCGGCCCCGGAGAUGUCUUCGUCUUCCCGCAGGGUCUCAUCCACUUCCAGCUCAAUAAUGGCGCCGUCCCGGCCGUCGCCAUCGCCGCGCUCAGCAGCCAGAACCCUGGGGUGAUCACCAUUGCUAAUGCCGUGUUUGGAUCCACCCCGCCCAUCCUCGACGACGUCCUCGCCAAGGCGUUCAUGAUUGAUAAGGAUCAGGUCGACUGGAUCCAGGCCAAGUUCGCCGCGCCACCGGCUGCCUCUGGUGGUGGCGGUGGCUUCAUUGGCGGCGGCGGUGGUGGCGGCUUCCCCGGCGGCGGCGCGCCAUAGACGGCCUCAUUCUCGACGCGCUUAGCAAUGCAUGCAAAGGCGGCGUCGUCGUCAUGCAUAAUGCAUGUUACUAUCUUAUAAAACCUUUAUUACACAUGUAAGCUGCGUGUCUACGUGGCUUGACACGUAGGAUACAUCUCGAUCGUGUCCAAUAAUCUGGUGAAAUCGCAUCAGUGUAUUAUGCUAAAAAUGUUACACCUCUUUAUGAAAUAAUAACAAAGUUGGAUAUUUAUGUGCUGCCUAUGCACAGGAAUAGCAAA